AGAACAGGAAAUUAUUUUCUCGGAAACGGAAGAAAAUAAGCGUUUAACAGGCAUAAAAUAAAAGCCACCGUGACUUUGUUAGACCCCUCGUUAUCCAACAAAGAACACACUUGGCAUCAAAUUAGUUUCCAUAGCAACAGAGUCUUCUCGAAAUCGAUACUCAACAAGAACCACCGAUUUCGGCAGGACGUUCAAAAAUGAUGUUAUACGAUCCUUAAACGAUAACAUCGUGUUGGGAUAUUUCCCAAAAUGGUGCUUCCAUUUCACAGGCAGCCAUUGCUGCACAAAAGGUACGCGAAUCUUGACUUACCAGUCAAUGAGAAGGUAUCGAAGUCGCCAGUACAAGAGACCGAUGUCAAGGGAGACGAGUACGCUAACUUCUUAAAAUCCUUAUCCAAUGGGGAUAGGCAGGAUGAUACGGUUACAAAACCAAAGAUUUCCACCCAGCCAAUCAGCAGUGGUAAAGCAAACCAAACCAAAGCACCAAGUUUAUUUCUACGUCCAGGAAGCUCCAAGACGGAUGGUUUGCUCCAUGUAACGCUCAGAGCACAACAGAAUGAGAAGGAUCAUAGGAAGAGAAUGAGAGUAGUUGAGGAUGUUAUGCUUCAACACAAACAAGAAGAAAGAGAGCUCAAAAGAAGUGAGGGUGAUAUCAUCAAAAAACAGCAACAUCUGCGUCGAAUCAUGCUGGAUUAUGAGAAUAAUAUUUAUAAAAAGAAAAGAGGAGAAGAAAAGAAGUUGAGUGAUAAUAACACAGAGAUAGAAAAGAUCAAGCAGCAGCAUGCUAUCCAGGAGGACAGGUCUACUAAAGUCAGGAUUGAACGAAACCUUUCAGCAGGAUUAAAGAUGAGGGACAAGGAGAGAAAAUCCUUUCUAUUCUUAACCUCGACUGAAUUUGAUUACUACAAAGUUGCCAAGCAAUUGGAGUUGACGAGGAAUGAAGUGAAGAGGCUGACUACUGAAUAUGAAGCUAAUUUGAAGCGAAAGGAGGAGGAGGAGUUCAAACUGAAGAAAAAGAUGGCUGAGCUGUCUAUUGGUGUAAACAUGGAGGCACAGAAGAAGAGAACACUACAAGUGGAGGAACAGAAUUAUGACAAAGAUACUGCGAAAAAGGAUGUAUACGAUGAAAGACGAAGAAAAGGCAAUCUGGAAGAACGUAUUAAGCAUACCGAGAACCAAGGGUUACGGCACGAGUUCACUAAGAGAAAGCUGAGUCGAGAUCUGUAUGCCAACAAAGAGUCCUUGUCACUCAAGAACAGAGAAGAGGGGCGCAAGAUGACUGACGUCAACAGGCGUCUGCAACACAAUUCUACCAGUCAGCGGCAGGCCAAGUUGGCAGCCGAAUACUUAGAAUUGGAUCGACAAGGCAAAGAAAUCGAAGAAAGAGGACAGUUUGCCGAAGCUCGUCGUAGUCAACUUUUAGAACAAGCCACGCGAGACAAGAAACACCAGUACAACCAAAACAUCGCAGAAUGGAAGAAAAGAUACCUGGAUAAAGAAAAUGAAGCGAAAAGAAAAUGCCACGAAGAUGGGAUUAAACAUCUACAGAAAAUAGUCUCCAAGUUGGAAGAGAGUGAGCAUGCGCUGUACAACCGAUUGCGUGCCGCUGAGAUGCAGCGACGUAAACAGGAACAAGUUGUGACGAGAAUGAUGAACGACCUGGGUUCUCUGAAAAGAGAAAACGCCAAAAAAAUCAAGGAUGCCAUGGUACAAUGUCAGAAGAAAGAAGUUGAAAUUGAGCAGAAGCUGCUCCGAGAACGAGCAGAGCUUGAUAAGCUCCACAGUCAAAGAGAAGAGACGAUUAAAAUGUUAAAUCAUCAGAGAAGUUGUCUUCAGGAAGACAAGUAUUUGCUCAACGAGGAGGAGCGAGAACAUAAUAGAAUAGCAAGAAUUGGUCAGAGAACUGACGAUAUUGAACAAGAAGCAAGAUCUUAACGACAAAAUGGCCGCAUUGAGAUCUGGCCAACAAGAAUACCAAAUAGAACAUAAUACAAUAGUGUGUUGAAUCAAUGCAGUGAAUUUACCUGAAAAAGCGUGAUAGGAUGUGUGUGUGUGCUACAGCGUAGUUAUAAAAAACAACUACCAUAUUGCAAUUCCUAAUGAUAUUUUUUAUUUUUUUCAUUUUUUCAAGUUCUUGUACACUUUUGUUUUUCACUAUUAAAUUUUGUAAUUAUU